AUGAACGGCCGAAACGUCACCAACUGUGGAGUAAAUCCUGCCGCCCAGGCCUCGGGCUCCAUCACACGCUCUCUGUGUGAGCCCAGCGACCGAUGGCACUACAAAGAGAACGGGGUACUGCACAAGAGAGAGGGUAUCGAGGCACGUUGCUUCUACUUCCUUCCGACUUCGAGCAGGACCUCCGUGGCAGAUGACGGCGGUCUCAUCGAAAUUCAGGUUUUUCGAGCCAAGGGCCGCAAAAGAAGGUCGCCUAUACUGGGAAAGCACCGCAAUCAGGAUACCUAUGGCAUAGCAACCCCAUCAGGGGGGCUUGUAGAGUCCCCUGAAACUGCCUGCUACUACGACUGGAUUCUGAUCGACCCCAAGGAGUUCCCAUUUGUCUCGUUCCACUUUCACUACCGCUCUUGGGCUAAUCUUUGCCAGCUGAAUCUGGCGCCAGCUUUCACGGAACUGGGCGAGUUCCCUCUCUUGAUCCAGGGGAGCCCGCGCGGAGUCACAUCAGGUCUUUCGACCCGUGACCAUGAAACAAAAGGCCAGGAGUCGAUCAGAUCCGAAGAUAUUUGUGACCGAAAUGCGGACACUGAUAGCGAUGAGGGUCUUCUCGAUGUCCUAUCAUGGCUAGCGCUACCACCCAAACCACCAGGUCGUCCCCUCUCAGGCGAAGAGAUUCCCAAGUUGGCACCACCAGGGUGUUCUGCUCGCCCUCUUCCAGAAAUCCCGAUCAAAAAGCCAACGCCGAAGAAAUCUUUCGAAUCAUGUACACCUUCUAUUACGCCAUCUCUUCUGCCAUAUAUUGAGGAAGAGCCAAGCGAGGUCGAGGAGGAGGUCGAGAUUGGCCUAGCAAAGUCGAUACCCGUACGAUCCGAGUCUCUUCGCGGCAACAAGCCCCGACCACUCAAGCUAUCUGGGCUUGGAAGCCGUCCAGAGCCACUGUCAUUGCCUAAAGAAAGAAUGCAGUCUACUCUUCGCAAGUCGUCGGGUUUUCCAAUCAAGACCCCUGGCCUCGAUCACGGUCAGACCUCACGAGAGUCCACGAACGGCAGAAACAAUCAGGGGUGUCAAGCUCAAAAUGAACUGGGAUCUGAGAUCGUAUCCAUCGUCACGGAGACAGAGCAAUCUUUCAAAACUGAAUGGACCUUGAGCGAAAGCGAAUGGAUGAAAAGGGGUCAUUGA